CAGUGCUGCCGGUCUGGAGUUCUUCGCAGGUAACGACAGAGCGCUGCGAGUUUCUGCCGUCGGCGGGACUGUACGGGCCGGAUCGCAGCCAGGAAGAACCCUACGCACACGGACUGUACAUGUAAGCGCUAUUAAAAAUGCAGUGUUAGACUGUUAGCUCUGUGCAGGAGACCAUGGGUGUUUGGACAGCACUGAAGCUCCUGCUGUGGAAGAACAUCACUUAUCGCCGGAGAAGCAAGAUCCAGCUGGUUAUAGAGCUCCUCUGGCCUCUCUUCUUGUUUGUCAUUCUCAUUUCGGUGCGCCACUCUCACCCUCCGUACAAGCAGACCCAGUGUCAUUUUCCCAACAAGGCCCUCCCAUCAGCAGGCACCCUGAACUGGGUGCAAGGAAUCAUAUGCAAUAUUAACAACCCAUGCUUCCACCACACUACCCCAGGAGAGACUCCUGGGAGGGUGGGGAACUUUGACUACUCCAUACUUUCUCGACUGUUUAUUGACUCCAGGACCAUCCUGUCCUACAGUGCCAAUCAGUCAGUUUUUUCGGGAUUCCAGGAAAUUCUGUCUGCUGUUCAGAAGCUUGGAGAAAGGCCAGAUGCCUGGCCAAACAUGCCUGUUAGAGAGUACCUGCGUGCCAAUGAGACCUUCUCCAGCUUCCUCCUUGUCAAUGGAAGCCUACCUCCUACUGCCCUGGAUCAGCUGAUGAAAGCACAACUCAACUUUCAGGUGCUGUCCUUAGCUGGAGCUGGGCUGCCUCUGAAGGAGAUUGUGUGCAACGCCUCUCUGCUGGGUCAGUACCUGACCGUAGGCCAGCAGGAAUCCCUGUCAGAGCUGCAGCUGGCCCUCUGUGCAGUGCCCUCUGACAUACUGCAGGCAGCAGAGCAAAUCUUCCUCUCCCAGCUGGACUACAGCAAGCUCUUUACGAGGGACAGGUUGUUGUCCAGUGCUGCAGAGCUACAGGUCCUCAGUAAUGCGAUCGCCUCCGUUUCAGCGGAAGCAGCACAACUCAUGGAUAAUCUCUCCUCCUUGUCCAGCUUUGUGGAGCUAAGCACAGAGCUUCAGUCACUUUCCCCUGACAACCGGUCAAGUUCACCCCGCGAAAGCUUCAGGGCCCUGUCUCGCAUCAUGUGCGGGUACCCAGAGGGAGGUGGUGAGCAGAUCCCUUCACUCAACUGGUACGAGGACAAUGACAUCAAGUCCUUCUUGGGCAGGAGCAGCGAGGAAGACACAGACAAACAGGAUGACAACACCACUACUCCAUACUGUAAAAGUCUCAUUCAGAGCCUGGAGUCUAACCCAUUGUCCCGCAUUGUGUGGCAAGGGAUUAAACCACUGUUCACUGGAAAGCUGCUUUAUACCCCAGAUACUCCUGUCACUCGCAGCAUCAUGGGAGAGGUGAACAAGACCUUUCAGGACUUCAGGGUUCUGGAGGACAUUCAGGAGGCUUGGGAAGAGGUGGGACCCCAAAUCAAGGCCUUCAUGGAAAGCAGUACAGAGAUUCAGCUCCUGCAGGAUCUCUUGAGACGGCCUGAGGUUGCUAUGCUGGUAAAUCUACAGUUGGAGAACACGUCCUGGACAGCAUCGAGAAUUGCCCGAUUCUUGUCCACACCCCAGCCGAAUGCUCCAAAGAGACCGGGGGCACCCAUCACAUGGCAGGAUGUGUACCAGAGCAUAAACACCACCGUUUCUACCAUUUCGCAGUUUACCCAGUGCUUCUCGGUGAACAAGCUGGAAGGUACUGCUUCUGAGGGCAAGAUGAUAGAAAGGGCAUUGGAGUUGCUGGAGAGCCGGCAGUUCUGGGCUGGUGUUGUAUUCCUCCUGCCAGACCCCUCAUCACCCACUUUGCCUUCACAUGUUUCCUACAAAAUCCGCAUGGACAUUGAUGAUGUUGCUCGCACCAAUAAGAUCAAGGACAGAUUCUGGGAUCCCGGUCCAGCAGCAGAUCCCUUCAAUGACUUGCGCUACAUAUGGGGGGGCUUUGUGUACGUGCAGGACCUGGUGGAGCGGAGUGUGUCACAUGUUCUUAGCGGCAAGAAGCAAGAUAUUGGCAUCUACCUGCAGCAGAUGCCCUACCCAUGCUAUGUGGAUGAUGUCUUCCUUCGUGUCCUGAACCGCUCCCUGCCUCUCUUCAUGACACUCGCGUGGAUCUACUCCGUGGCCAUGAUCAUCAAGGGUGUGGUGUACGAGAAGGAGGCGCGACUAAAGGAGACCAUGCGUAUCAUGGGCCUUGGCACAGGCACUCUGUGGACCAGCUGGUUCAUCAGCAGCUUUGUCCCUUUUCUUAUCAGCGCAGCUCUCCUCAUUUCUCUACUGAAGUGGGGAGACAUUCUGCCCUACAGCAACCCAGCUGUGGUUUUUUUCUUCCUCGCUGCCUUUGCCACAGCCACCAUUAUGCUGUGCUUCCUGAUCAGCACCUUCUUCUCCCGUGCCAACCUGGCAGCAGCCUGUGGUGGUCUCAUCUAUUUCUCUUUCUACUUGCCCUAUGUGCUCUGUGUUGCCUGGAGGGAUCGUCUCACCUUUGAACUCAGAAUCUUAGCUAGCCUGCUUUCUCCAGUGGCCUUUGGCUUUGGCUGUGAGUAUUUCUCCCUGUAUGAGGAGCAAGGCGUGGGCAUCCAGUGGUUCAACUGGGCUUCUAGUCCCAUGGAGGGAGAUUCAUAUAACUUUGGUACCGUAAUUGUGAUCUUGUUUGUUGAUGCAAUAAUCUAUGGGAUCGCCACAUGGUAUAUUGAAGCAGUUUUUCCAGGGGAGUAUGGGAUUCCUAGGCCGUGGUACUUCAUCUUUCAGCUGAAUUACUGGGGAGGAGUACCCCUAGAAGUAGGAAUGCCCAUCCCUCCUGCCUCAAGGGACGAUUCAGAAAUUUGUCAGGAGGAGGAACCAUCUAAUCUGCCUCUUGGAGUGGCUGUUCGCAACCUUGUCAAAAUUUAUAAGCAGGGUGCUAAGCUGGCUGUCAACCACCUCAAUCUCAAAUUCUACGAAGGUCAGAUCACUUCAUUUCUGGGCCACAAUGGUGCUGGCAAGACCACCACUAUGUCCAUCCUAACAGGCCUGUUUCCUCCCACUGCUGGUACUGUAUACAUCAAGGGUAUGGACAUCCGCACUGACAUGGAUGAUAUCCGCAAGAUCCUUGGCGUGUGUCCUCAACAUAAUGUCCUCUUUGACAUACUGACUGUGGAAGAGCAUGUGUGGUUCUACGGGUGUCUGAAAGGAUUAUCAGGUCCUGAAAUAAGAGACGAGAUGGACAAGCUGCUGGAGGAUGUAGGACUGCUACACAAACGCCAUGAACAGAUCAAGAACCUCUCUGGUGGCAUGCAAAGGAAGUUGUCUGUGGCUAUUGCCUUUGUGGGAGGGUCCAAGGUGGUGGUUCUGGAUGAGCCCACUGCAGGUGUGGACCCCUAUUCCCGCAGGGGCAUCUGGGACCUGUUGCUGAAGUACCGAAAAGACCGCACCAUUAUCCUGUCCACUCAUUACAUGGAUGAAGCCGACCUCCUGGGUGACAGGAUCGCCAUCAUCUCUCAGGGACAGCUGUGCUGCUGUGGCUCCCCACUCUUCCUGAAGGCUCAUCUGGGGACUGGCUACUACCUCACAGCUGUGAAGGAUGAUGACAAUCGUGCACCAGAUUGCAGCGUAACCACUGGAAAGCCCAUGUCCUCUGCCAUCAAGAAGGAUAGCGACUCCUCCAAGAGCGAUGACACAGGUCUGGGUGACGAGAGUGGCUUAGGCACGGCAGCUCUGCUGGCACUGGCACAGCGCCAUAUAUCUCAGGUCCGGCUGGUGGAAGAUGUGGGCAGAGAGGUGGUGAUCAAUUUUCCCCAUGCGGCUGCGGAGGACGGCACCCUGGCUUCCUUUCUAGCAGAGCUGGACCGGAGGUUGGCUGAGCUCGGCAUUGCCAGUUAUGGCCUUUCCGACACCACUCUGGAGGAGAUCUUUCUGAAAGUUGCUGAAGAAACGGGGGUGGAUGCUGACCCUGAGGAGAUGUGCUCAAAGCCAUCUGGUCCCCACGGCCAGCGGAACGACCGCUUCGAUGAACCGGAGACAGGAAGGAAGCCAUUGCGCAAACAAGAACCUCUGGAAACGGACCCUUUGAGUGGUGAUGGGAGGGGUGGUGUGCCCCGUAUCGGAUGGGGUCUGACCGUACAGCAGCUACGGGCCCUUUUCAUUAAGAGGUGGCUAUACGCUAGACGCAGUCGAAGGGGCAUCUUUGCACAGAUUGUCUUGCCUGCUGUGUUUGUGCUGAUUGCCCUGCUGUUCAGCCUUAUUGUCCCACCUUUUGGAAAGUACCCGUCUCUGGAGCUGCAGCCCUGGAUGUAUGGAGAGCAGUACACAUUUUUCAGCAAUGAUGCCCCUGGGGACCCAGAAAUCCAUAAUCUGCUGGAUGCCCUACUAGAUAACCCUGGUUUUGGGACCGAGUGUAUGGAAAGGAAUGGGGAGAGCCGGUGUACAGAAGAAGAAGGUGCUGUGUUCAGAAGGCCUCAGAUUCCCUACUCUACAUGGAAGCUCUUCAGCACUGGGAACUGGAGUGCAGCCAAGCCCUCCCCUGAGUGUCAGUGCAGCACUGACAAGGUCCGCAGAAUGCUGGCAGACUGCCCAGAGGGGGCAGGUGGCAUCCCCCCACCACAGAUCAAGAGGCCCACUGGAGACAUCCUGCAGAACAUGACUGGGCGAAACAUCUCUGACUAUCUGGUUAAGACAUAUCCGCAGAUCCUGCGAAAAAGUUUGAAGACCAAGAAAUGGGUCAACGAGUUCAGAUAUGGUGGAUUUUCUCUGGGUGGCAGCAGUUCCCAGGCAGCACCCCAAGUUGAUCGCGUGGAGGAGUCUAUUCUUGCCAUAAGAAGUCGCUACAGAAUACAUCAGAACAGUUCACUGAACAGGCUCCUGGACAGACUACCAGAAUUUCUUGGUGGGCUGAGCAGUCGAAGAAAUGUGAAGGUGUGGUUCAACAACAAAGGUUGGCAUGCCAUGGCAUCCUUUGUCAAUGUCAUGAACAAUGGGCUCCUCCGUGCCAGCCUACCACCUGGAAUUGAGCGGAGGAGACAUGGAAUUACAGCCUACAACCACCCCCUCAAUCUCACCAAAGAACAGCUCACUGAGGUGGCAAUGAUGACCACAUCAGUGGAUGUGCUGGUUUCAAUCUGUGUGAUGUUCGCCAUGUCCUUCGUGCCAGCCAGCUUUGUGCUUUUCCUCAUUGAGGAGCGCGUCAGCAAGGCCAAGCACUUGCAGUUUGUCAGUGGAGUGAAACCCGUCCUCUACUGGCUCGCCAAUUUCACAUGGGACAUGCUGAACUAUGCUGUACCAGCUACGAUGGUAGUCCUAAUCUUCAUUGGCUUCCAGCAACAGUCAUAUGUUUCUGACACUAAUCUACCUGCUUUGGUUUUGCUACUCAUGCUCUAUGGGUGGUCAAUUACGCCUCUUAUGUACCCAGCAUCCUUCAUAUUUAAUGUCCCAAGUACAGCCUAUGUGGUCCUCACAUCUGUCAACCUUUUCAUUGGCAUCAAUGGCAGCAUAGCCACAUUUGUCCUGGAACUUUUCACAGAUCAGUAUCUCAGUGAUGUGAAUAAGAUCCUGAAGAAGGUCUUUCUGAUCUUCCCACACUUCUGUCUGGGCCGUGGGCUCAUUGAUAUGGCGAAAAACCAGGCCAUGGUUGAUGCUUUCCAGCGUCUGGGCACCAAACAGACUCUCGAUCCCUUGUCCUGGGAUUUUGUGGGAAAGAAUUUGUUUGCCAUGGCAGUGGAAGGUGUCAUCUUCUUCCUGUUUACUUUACUGCUGCAGUACAAGUUUUUCAUAAACUGCAGGCCCUUUUCUGACCUGGGUUUGCCCCCUCUGGGCCCAGAGGACCAGGAUGUAGCUAAGGAAAGACGCAGAGUCACUAGUGGAAAAGCACAAGAAGAUAUACUGCUUAUGAAAGAAUUAAGUAAGGUGUACAAAGUGGGAAGAAAGCCUGCAGUGGAUCGUCUUUGUCUGGGGAUUCCACGAGGGGAGUGUUUUGGCCUUCUGGGGGUGAACGGUGCUGGGAAAACGUCCACAUUUCGUAUGCUCACUGGAGACACCGCUGUCACCUAUGGAGAGGCCUUUCUCAAUGGACACAGCGUGCUGAAUGAGAUGGAGCGGGUUCACCAACUCAUGGGCUACUGCCCACAGUUCGAUGCCGUCAGUGACCUGCUCACUGGAAGGGAGCACCUGGAGUUCUAUGCCCGUCUUCGUGGGGUCCGGGAAGAAGCUGUAGCGAAGGUUGCCCAGUGGGGAGUGAAAAAGCUUGGCCUCACCCAGUACGCUGAGCGUAAAGCAGGUGGCUACAGUGGGGGCAACAAACGUAAACUGUCUACUGCCAUCUCCCUGAUUGGGGCACCUCCUGUCAUAUUCCUGGAUGAGCCUACCACAGGCAUGGACCCCAAGGCCAAGCGGUUCCUCUGGAAUUGCAUUCUCAGUGUCAUCAAAGAGGGUCGAUCUGUUAUUCUCACCUCCCACAGCAUGGAGGAAUGUGAAGCUCUGUGCACCAGAAUGGCCAUCAUGGUCAAUGGAAGGUUCCGUUGCCUGGGUUCUGUGCAACACCUCAAGAACAGGUUUGGCGAUGGCUACACAAUCAUUCUGCGCAUGUUAGAGCCAACCGAGGAGCCCUGUCCUGUGGACGUGUUUAUAAGGACCUCGUUCCCUGCUAUUGAGUUGAAGGAGCGACACCAGAAUGUUCUGCAGUACCAGCUGCCCUCCCAUGCCUGCUCCCUGGCUCACGUUUUCUCCGUGCUCUCCAACAGCUGCAGAGAACUAGGCAUCGCAGAUUACUCUGUAUCUCAGACCACACUAGACCAGGUGUUUGUGAACUUUGCAAAGGACCAAAGUGAUGAUGACCAGCUGAGGGAGGUGAGUGUAAUCAGGACAAUAGAGACUGCUCCAUCCAGCCGACCGGCACUACCCGGCAGGGCCCUUGAAGUCAUGUCGAAGGAGGUGAAUGGGGCAGUAGGUAGCGGGAUGUCCAUGGCAAAGAGACCACCAUCUCAGAGGGAGUCAACAGCCAAUGGAGCGGAAUCCCGAGAAGAGGCAUCCAGCAGCAAGGACCCUACAGCACUGUUCUUGGUGAACAGCAGCUCACAGGAGAGCAAGAUGUGAGCUGUGAUUGCACAGCUGGUCAGAAUAAUGACAAAGUUUAACACAAGGCAGCACCGCACCUUUACUUUAUUGUCUUGGUGGGGAAAAAAUUCAAAGUCUCUCGGAUGAAAUCUGAGUUUGGUGCCUUGAUUAUUUUGGUAAGAAGCUGUACUACAGAGUAUGCUGCAAUUCUUAUACCUUUCUGCUGUUUUCAGGUAUUUUUUGGGGCACUAGAAAUAUUUCCAUUUGCUCUGUGAAGUUCAAAGUUUGGGUCUUUUCAAAUGCUGCUCUGCUGUACCAUUGUCAUUCACACACACACACACACACACAC